AUGCUGGUUCUGGGGGUGCUGCUGCUAGAGGUACUUGGGCUGGAGGCCCUCAAGCUGGUGCUGUCGACUCUGGAGUUGGAGACCCUGGAGCUGGAGGUGCUGGUUCUGGAGGGUAUUACUGCUGGAGGUACUGGGGCUGGACGCCCGAGAGCUGGUGCUGUUGACCCUAGAGUUGGAGACCCUGGAGCUGGAGGUGCCGGUUCUGGGGGUGCUGCUGCUGGAGGUACUGGGGCUGGAGGCCCUGGAGCUGGUGAUGUCGACCCUAGAAUUGGAGACCCUGGAGCUGGAGGUGCCGGUUUUGGGGGUGCUGCUGCUGGAGGCACUGGAGCUGGAGGCCCUGGAGCUGGUGCUGUCGACCCUGGAGUUGGGGACCCUGGGGCUGGAGGUGUCGGUUCUGGGGGUGCUGCUGCUGGUGGCGCUGGAGCUAGAGGUGCUGGAGCUGGAGGCGCUAGAGCUGGAGGUUCUGGAGCUGCUGGAGGCGCUGGAGCUGGAGGUUUCGAAGCUGCUGGAGGCGCUGGAGCUGGAGGUUCUGGAGCUGCUGGAGGCGCUGGAGCUACUGGUGCUGGUGGCACUGCAUAG